AUGCAAUCAAGCUGUGCUGGUACAAUGAUAUCAGAUAGGCAUGUAUUAACAGCUGCACAUUGUUUUAUCCAAAAAGAUUGUGAACAAAGAACUGUAACCAAAAUAUUAAGCGGUAAAAAGUGGAAAGUAUAUUAUGGUGGUGGUUGCUUACCAUUUUCUAAAGAUGUUUGUUCAAAUUUCCAACGAAUGGCACGAUCAGUAAAUGUUAAAAAUAUUGCAAUUCCGGCUGAUUAUCUCACGGGACCUUGCUUACAUAAUGAUAUUGCUAUUGCUACUGUUAAAUUGAAAAUGGUUAAAUUUUUUAGAUUUGAUUUUUGUAAAGUUAUUUGA